AUUCUCACCCUUCUCCUGCGUUGCAACCCGACUCUCCCCUCCUAGAUCAUCACAAUGGCUUCAAUCGCGCGCCAGUCGCCCCUCCUCCGGCAGUCCUGCUUGUCGGCCUUCCGCGCCCCUUGGGCCUCUAAGAAUGCCGCCGGCGUGUCGCAGGUCGUGGCCUUCCACGCCUCUGCCAACAAGCAGAUUCUGCCUCCUCUGCCUCAGUCCAUCCAGGGAACCAUGAACGACCCUGCUCCCAUUCCUCACUCCCACCCCGUCCACGGUAGCUACCACUGGACCUUUGAGAGACUCGUCUCCGCUUCCCUCGUCCCUCUCUGCAUUGCUCCCUUCGCCGCCGGCUCUGUGAGCCCCGUCAUGGAUGCUGUCAUCUGCUCCGCUAUUGUCGUUCACUCUCACAUCGGUUUCGACGCCUCUAUCACUGAUUACUUCCCUGUCCGCCGUGUGCCCAAGACUGCCGCAUUCAUGAAGUGGUUGCUGCGUGCCUUCACGCUCGGCACAGCCGUCGGUCUGUACGAGUUUGAGACGAACGAUGUUGGUGUGACGGAGGCUAUCCGCAGGGUGUGGAAGGCAUAAAUUUCGGGUGGUGUUCUUGUUUGAUGUUUGUUUUGUUGAAGGCGUUUUGCCUAUGUAUAUGCUGUCUUCUUUUUCCUCUGGUAGAUGCCAGUACUGGAAUCGUUACUACCCUGGAGC